AUGGCGGACCGCUACUCCUUCUCCCUGACUACGUUCUCGCCCAGUGGAAAGCUGGUGCAGAUUGAGUAUGCUCUAAAUGCUGUCAACCAGGGUGUCACAGCCCUGGGCAUCAAAGGUGAGAACAGGAAAAGCAGCCCCGGCUCUCCAUCAUCAACACCUUCUCCUCGAGCCCUCAGGCUAACUAUUCCUUCCAGCCACCAAUGGAAUUGUCCUCGCUACCGAAAAGAAAUCCUCCUCGCCGCUCAUCGACCCCCCUCGCUCUCCAAGAUCUCCCUGAUCACCCCGGACAUCGGCAUGGUCUACGCCGGCAUGGGUCCCGACUACCGCGUCCUGGUCGACAAGGCCCGCAAGGUCUCGCACACAGGCUACAAGCGCAUCUACAACGAAUACCCGCCCACACGGAUAUUGGUGCAGGACGUUGCCCGCGUCGUGCAGGAGGCCACGCAGUCCGGUGGUGUGCGGCCAUACGGUGUCAGUCUGUUGGUUGCGGGCUGGGACGAGGGUGUUGAGCCCGAGGUCGCGGAUACGAAGAAGGAUGGUGGUGACUCGCCUGCCAAAUCUGCUGGCAAGACUGGUGGUAUCCUGAAGGGUGGUCCCAGUCUGUACCAGGUUGACCCUAGCGGUAGCUAUUACCCGUGGAAGGCGACGGCUAUUGGCAAGCAUGCGACGAGCGCCAAGACCUUUUUGGAGAAGCGGUACACUGAGGGGUUGGAGUUGGAGGAUGCCAUCCACAUUGCGUUGUUGACGCUCAAGGAGACUAUUGAGGGGGAGAUGAACGGGGACACAAUAGAGAUUGGCAUUGUGGGCCCCCCUGCGGAUCACCUGCUGGGCUACGAGGGUGUGGAGGGCGCUCAAGGCCCCCGGUUCAGGAAGUUGACCAAGGAGCAGAUCGAGGAUUACCUGACCAACCUAUGA